UUAGCUUUUGCGUUGUAACUUCUUUCUCCAUGUCUGCUAAAACAAGAACCAGCUGUAGCUGCUGGUUUUCUUGUCUGAGCUUAAACUUUAUUCUUGUAUUUUUUCCUCUAAUAACAUUAUCUUAUGAACACCAACAAUUGACAAGCUGUAAUUUGUUUGAAGGAAGCUGGAUUUUUGACGACUUUUAUCCACUUUAUGAUUCAUUGCAGUGUCCAUUCAUAGACCCAGGUCUCAAUUGCCUCAAAAAUGGCAGAAUCGAUCAAGAUUUCCUCAAGUACAGAUGGCAGCCCACAGACUGUGACCUGUCCAGGUUCAAUGGCGAAGAUCUUCUGCAAAAAUUCAGAGGCAAAAGUUUCAUGUUUGUGGGUGAUUCCUUGAGCAAUAACCAGUGGCAAUCACUAGCUUGCAUGCUUCACGCUGCAGUUCCGAAUUCUAAUUACACAUUUGACAGAACAAGAAAUCGUUCCGUUCUCUCAUUCCCGGAGUUUGAGUUCACAGUCACAUUCUUGAAAAAUGGAUUUCUCGUUGACCUAGUGAUCGAGGAAGCAGGCCGAGUUCUCAAGCUCGACUCUCUCAGCAGGAGCGACCAGUGGAAAGGAGUCGAUUUCUUAAUCUUCAACAGCUACCAUUGGUGGAUACAUACCGGCAGCCUACAAACAUGGGACUAUUUUCAAGUUGGUGACAAAAUCUACAAGGAGAUGGACCAUAUGGAAGCAUACAAGAUUGCUUUGACUACUUGGGCCAAUUGGGUUGAUUCCAACAUUGAUCCUGCUGUGACUAAAGUGUUUUUCCAAGGAAUUUCUGCUGUUCAUUAUCAUGGCAAGGAUUGGGAUGAACCAAUGGUGCAGGACUGCAGAGGACAAACAAAGCCAAUAGAGGGGUCAAAUUAUCCAGGUGACAGAUAUCUAGGAGAGGCAGUGGUGAAGAAUGUACUAAGUAACAUGACAAAACCUGUCUAUUUACUUGAUAUUACACUGCUUACACAACUGCGAAAAGAUGGACAUCCAUCAAGAUAUGCCAAUGGCGAAACCGAUUGCAGUCACUGGUGUGUAGCUGGAGUUACAGAUGCUUGGAAUGAACUAUUGUACACAAUCUUGCUCCAGAAAUAGUUUUUGAAGCUAGUGUAUUCUUCUUUUCUUACCAAAUCUCUCUCAUAUAUAAAUGAAAACUUAUGGCUAAGGUGAUUCUAAAGAUCUAUCGCAAACAACCUCUCUAUCUUUACUAAAGUAAAGUAGGCGUAAGGUAUGCGUACACAAUACCCUCAUACCCUACUUGUAGAAUACGCUAGGUAGGGGAAAGGUUUGUUAUUGUUGUUGUUGUUGUUGUUAUGGCAAGGUGGCUUCCCUCUCCUGUAUAAGAAGAUU